AUGAAUCCGACCAAAGUAUAUGAUUUAUCACUUAUGAGUUGGAACAUAUUAGCUCCUUGUUGGGUUGAAAAAGAAUGGUAUCCAUCUGUAUAUGAUUUAGCUGCCGAUUAUGAAACACGAAUUAAAACGAUUGCAUCAAAUAUCUCUUCGCGUAAUUGUAAUGUCAUUAUGAUCCAAGAAGCACAAGAAGAUAUGAUUCCUUUAUUUCAAGAAGAAUUAGGUAAUGAUUACUUAGCUGAAUUUGCACCAAAUAAUCCAACUCCAUCUCCAAUUGGUAAUGGACUUCUUAUAUUAAUUCAUAAAGAUUGGAAAUAUGCUAAAGAAGCUAAGAUUAUUAAUGGAAUUCUUGAUCGUGAACAAGGUGAUGCAAUCCAAAUUGUUUACAUUCCAUCAAAAAAUAUCCAUUUAGUUAAUCUUCAUCUAGAUUAUAUUUGUCCAUUACCACAAGCAAAAAUAGUCAAAAAUAAAUGCAACGAAUUACUAGGUACAUCACGUUCUAUGUCAAUUAUGGCUGGUGAUAUGAAUGCAGAUAAAGAUGUCUAUGAACAAUUUGAAUGGUUUGAAUUUAAGAAUGUUUUCAACGAAUCAAAUACAGAUAUAAUCAUUCCAUCUUAUUAUACUGAUCGGCAUGAUGAAGAAACAAAUAUUUCUAUUGAUCAUAUUUUUUAUGAUCCAAAACAAGUUACAUUGAUUAAAUAUGGUAAAGCAUGGAAUGUUCGAGAUCGAUCGCUCGAAGAUACUCUAAGAACCUUUGGAAGCGAUCAUAUUUAUGUUUGGGCUGAUUUCAAUUUUAUUCAAAAUAAAAAAUAA